AUGUUAGGGUUAAAAAAAUUUUCUUUUUUCCUUUUCUUUUCUUUUUCCUUUUUCUUUCUUUUCCCUAUUUCCUUCUUCCUCCCCGUGCGUCCUUCCCCUUCUCCCCAGCCGCAACCGCCGCGCCUCUUCUCCUUCCUCCCGUACGCCGCGACGACUCCACCGUCUCCUUCUCCUUUCCUUCUCUUUUCUCUUUUCCUUCCGCCGUUCCCUUCCGUCUUUCUUUCCGCCGCAGCCCAGCCGCCCCAUCCUUCCCCUUCUCUCCGUUCGCGAAGCAAAACCACCACCGACCGACCUCCAUUCCUCUUCUCCUUCCCGUUCGCAGCCCCGCCGCAAACCGUCGCCUCCAUUCCUCAUAUGAAGAAACGCCGACGCGCGUCCUACAUCGUCCGCCUUGGUCUCCCCUGCCGUCUUCCGGAAAUCAAGGCCAAAGGAGAUGUCAUGGCUAUGGGCUGAAGCUUUGAGAAAAAAAGAAUGAAAAAUGAAAUGUGAGAUCUUAAACUUUGUACUUUGCCUUAAGUUGUGUCAAACUAGUCAAUAAAGUAACUUAACUACCAAUUUGCCUUAAGUGCCGGGUUGUUGGGAUUUGUUUGCUGUAAUUUGUCUAGGGUUAUGUGUGUUUGUGAUGUGUUGUUAGUGAGUAUGUUGAAUUUUGUGUUCGAGCUUCCAGAUGUGAAGUAUAUAAAAUGUUAUUUGUAAUUGUUUUAAACUUGAAACGCCUUUGAUAUUUGUUA